ACUGUACAUUUGCAGCAAAGGCUUCUCGAGCCCUCCAGCCCAUAGAUGGCAGUGUACCCAUUGGGUGUAACCCUUUACAGACCAUGUCCACCAAUGAAGGUGUACUUCCUUCCUCCACCACGUUUUUCAUUGUUUACAAUCGUUCGGCGCAAAGAAACUUGUGUAUUUGAAGCUUAACGUGAAUGAAAUGUGACAUGUUUAGGAUUUAGAUAAGUAGCUUCCCGGAAUGUUCUAAUUUCAUGCCGAGCAUCCAACACGGGUUCUUUCUCUGCAAACAUUUGCCUGUUAGUCUAGCCUAGACAUGGCUUUUGCUCCCGCUGUGUGGUUAGCUGCUCAAGCAGAACUCUACGAGGACGACGAAGAGGCCGAGGUAAACAACUUCCCAGAGCCACAGAAAAACUACUUGGGCGAUUACAAUGAUGAUUAUUUAUUUGAGAGGUUCCGUUUAACUAGACCUUGCAUUAGUUUCAUCACGGAUUGCGUCAGGCUCCGGAUGAAAGUCACGCUCCAGCAAAUGAAUGGACCUUCCGUCGAUGAAAUGGUGAUAGUGGCACUGGACUAUUACGUAAAUGGUAUUUUGUCGACCAAAGUCGUAGAUAUGAUUCAAAUGGAGCAAAUGGAGAUUCACGAAGUCAUCAACAAUGUCUCCAAAGUGUUGUCAGGUAUGGUCAGGGAGUUUAUCACUUUCCCGGCGAAUGGUGAGGAACGAGCAAAUGUGGCGCACGAGAUCAAGAAAAUAUGCGGGAUUCCGACCUCCAUGGGCUUGGUGGGAUGCAUGCAUGUCAAGGUGAGACCACCUCAUCACGACAAGGAAGCUUUUCGGAACACAAUGGAUAACCACACCGUCAUGACCCAAGUCAUAUGCGAUUGUGAAGGGAAUUUAAUGAGUGUUGAAAACUGCUGCGUUGGCAGCACACCAGAGCAAACCAUAUGGGAUAUGUCGGAUAUUGCCCAGCAACUAAAGCAUGGAGCACAUGGGACGCAUUGGAUCAUUGCCGGAAAAGGCUAUGCGUUGAGCAGACACCUCCUGACGACCGUUUCACCAGCCAAAGAGAAGGCGGAUCGGCGGUUCAAUGCAGCCCACGGCAUGAUCCACUCGGUCCUCCAGAGGACCAUCACCUUGGUGAAGAGGCGCUUCAGGUGCCUGGCCAAUCUGGGCCACGUGCAGCAGAACAGUCUGGACAAGAAGGCUGAGAUCAUCAAGGCCUGCUGCGUCUUGCAUAACAUCGCCAAGAAGUUUUCGGUGCCUGCGCUCAACGAUACCGUGUUAGAGACUAUGCACCCGGCCAAGAAUCACCAGGUGCCGGUGGUGGAGGUGCCUAGCUACGCAGAGAAAUCCAGAGCUGCCAUUAUCGGCAUUUAUUUCUCGCAUUCCUCCGGGAAUGACGGCAUUUCAGACUGAGGACAAUGGAAAUAUUUGUCUAAAAUGGUUGUUGACAUUUGGGUUUAAUAGGAGGAUGGUUCGGUCCCUUAUUAUAACAGUUUGUGAAAGUAGGUGCUACUGGAUUGACAAAAAGUAUUUUAUUUUAUCACGCUUUGUGAUACAUGAAAACCAAAUGACAAUACUUUGGGUUUAUCUAUUUACAUGUUUUUAUGCAUUGUCAAUAAACGUCAAGUAAGAAUCUAA